UUGAUCGGAAACUUACACAACUUAGCGCUCGCCGCCGUCACCACCGACGGCAGUCCCCUCCCACACCGCGCCCUUCAAACCCUCGCAUCCGAGUACGGCCCAAUCAUGCACCUCCAGCUCGGCCAAGUCUCCGCCGUCGUCGUUUCCUCGCCGGAGAUCACCCAGGAGAUUCUGAAGACCCACGACCUCGUCUUCGCGCAGAGGCCCCGACUUCUGGCGGCGGAGAUCGGCACGUGGGGCGGCCAGGACAUCGCCUUCUCCCCCCUCGGCGAUUACUGGAAGCAGAUGAAGCGGAUCGCAACGACGGAGCUUCUAGGUCCGAGAAAGAUCUGA